GUGCCCGUGAUCUGCGGCAGCUCAGCAGGUGUUUCAAACCUGAUACUACUGUUGCAUAGCUGUGCAGCUGAAAUCAUCCUCUGGGAUUUAAAAAAAAUCAAUACAUCAUUUUGAUCUGGAUUCUUAAAAACAAAACAAAAAAGAUAAAUAUAUAUUUUGCAAUCAGAGAUGCCUUGUCUUCAGGCACAGUAUGCGACAUUGCCACAAUGUGCAGGACCAUAUGAGGACCACAGUUCUGACUUCUUGACUUCAGAGUUUGUCAAGUUUGGAAUGGACCUCACCACCACAGAGAUCGCUGCCACCACCUCUCUACCCAGCUUCAACACUUUCAUUGACAGCAACAAUGGAGACUUUGAUGCCUAUUUGUACCAACUGAUGGUUUCCAACCAGCAGUCUCCAUUUAAAGUGGAGGAUGUUCAAAUGUUUGGCUGUUACCCAGGCUCAAUCAACAUGCAUUUAGAAGAGGUGACACCUCAGUGUGGAUCUUCUCAAUACUACAAUGGCUCUUGCUCUAUUCCAUCAUCUUCAACCCCUGGCUUUCAGAUGCAGCAAGUGUCCAUUUGGGAUGAAGCGUUUCCUCAUCAUUCGCUCCAAUAUAGCGAGAUGGAUCACUUGUUAGAUCAACAAAAAAAUGUUUCCCAACUUUCGUUCUUUUCCUUUAAACAGUUACCUUCAGAGUCCCCUGGGCCACAUUGCCACAUGAGACUUGAUGCAAGUUCCCAUGGACCUAAUACUGUCCACCAACUAGUUGACACCAUGUCUUAUGAUAUCACCAGCCAUGCCUCAAUGACUUUUCCUCCCUUACCCAUGGACCAUGGACCACGGAUCUUGGAUAGUCCCAUUGUAAUAGAUAAUCCCAUCCCCUCUCCGCCAGCUCGGAAUCCCCCUUCCAGCGAAGGCCAGUGUGCUGUAUGCGGAGAUAAUGCUUCAUGCCAACAUUAUGGUGUACGAACAUGUGAAGGAUGCAAAGGUUUCUUCAAGCGCACAGUUCAGAAAAAUGCCAAGUAUGUUUGCCUAGCAAAUAAAGACUGUCCUGUGGAUAAACGGCGACGGAAUCGAUGCCAGUUUUGCCGCUUUCAGAAAUGUCUUGCAGUGGGCAUGGUAAAAGAAGUGGUCCGCACAGACAGCCUGAAAGGUCGUAGAGGUCGACUUCCAUCCAAACCAAAGAAUGUUCAAGAAGCCACGCCUUCAAAUGCUCCAGUUAGUCUCAUCACCGCGCUGGUCAGGGCACAUAUUGAUUCCAACCCAAUCAUGUCCAAUCUAGAUUAUUCCAAGUUUCAGGAAUGCAGCACUUACCAGUCAGAGGAGGAUGAAGCAGGCGAAGUCCGACAGUUUUACGAGUUGCUGGCAGGUUCGAUGGAAAUGAUACGCAAGUGGGCAGAGAAGAUCCCAGGGUUCAGUGGUUUUCCCAAGGAGGAUCAGGAUCUACUUCUGGAAUCUGCCUUUUUAGAGCUCUUCAUCCUCAGGCUGGCCUACAGGUCCAACCCCGAAGAAGGCAAGCUUAUCUUCUGCAAUGGCGUUGUUCUCCAUCGCCAGCAAUGCGUGCGAGGCUUUGGCGAAUGGAUCGACUCUAUCGUCAGCUUCUCCAGCACCCUGCAACGGAUGAAGAUUGACGUGUCCAGCUUCUCCUGUCUUGCAACACUGGUGGUCAUAACAGACCGACACGGCUUAAAAGAACCCAAGAAAGUUGAAGAUCUGCAGACCAAGAUUAUAACUUGUCUGAAAGACCACGUCACCUCCAGUGCAAGCGAGCAGAUGAGGCCAAACUAUUUGUCCAAGCUUUUGGGCAAACUACCUGAACUGUGUACCCUCUGCACGCAAGGACUGCAGCGCAUUUUCUAUCUGAAGCUCGCUGAUCUGGUUCCUCCACCUGCCAUUGUCGAUAAACUAUUCCUGGAUACUUUGCCUUUCUAGACAAGCUGCCAAGCUCUGUGACUUUAGAACUGGACCCAGCCAUCAGAUUUGAUGUUGCAGUAUGAGCAGGGAGUUAAACUUACACUGGAACCAGUUCAAAACUGAAAAGGCUGCAGGAAUUGGACAAGUAUGCUAUGUGCUAUUUGGGUUUGCUGCUUUUCAAAAUGUUUUUAUUUUAUUCAGCAUACAGAUUGUUGAAAUAAAAGUCCCUUUGCUGUGCUGCAGCUUCUACAAUGCAAUCUAACCAUGCAGCUGCUCUGAGGUUUGACAAACAGCACUGGUUAGAAGUUCUCUGCCCCUGUGUCAUUAUUACCCUCAGUCUCAACAUACAACCGAAUGCAAUGCAGUGACAUUUCUGUGCUGCAUACUCUUAUUCCCUGUAGUUUGUUAUGAUCAAAAGAGUUACAAAUGAGGGUUGAAAAAC